AUGCCAAAAAAGAAGUCAGGUGCUCGGAAGAAGGCUGAAAAGCAACGGGAAAUUCGAAAAGAAAUCCAGAAUAGUAUUCAGUGCGAUAAAUGUUCCCGAAACCAGAAGACUCGAGCAUUUUGUUAUUUCUGUAAUUCAGUAAAUAAAGCACCAAUAUGUGCAGCUUGUGGUAAACAGAAAUGUUUUAUGAAAGGGGGAGAUUGUAUUACCAAACAUGCUGGGAGAUGUGUAACGGGUUUGCAAAUGAUGGGCGCACUAUGUGAUUAUUGUGAAGCAUUCAUAUGCCAUAGUAAAAAAUGUCUUACAACUCAUCCAUGUAAAUGUCCAUUGCGCGGUGCUCAAUGUAUGGAAUGCAAACGAAACGUGUGCGAACACGGUGGGCGAAUAUAUCAGUGUGCUUUUUGUCAAGAUUUUUUGUGUGAAGAUGAUCAAUUUGAACAUCAGGCAAACUGUCAACGUCUUGAGAAUGAAAAUUUCAAAUGUAUGUCAUGCAAUCGCUUUGGCCUAUAUACAUGUCUGCGAUGUAAGGUCUGUUGUUGCAAUGAUCAUGUUCGCCGAAAAGGUUUUAAGUAUGAUAAAGAUCAUAAAAACUUACCAUGCCCGAAAUGUGGCUAUCCAAUCACUGAAACGAAGGAGUUCAGCAUUUCAGCACGAAAAUAUGUAUAUGCUCGUCAGACUCGUGCAUUUCGCAGCCGUGACGAUGACCAGAAGACAGGCAAAUUUAAGCAAAAUAAUAAAGAUGGAGACUUCAAAGGUGUAAAUUACGAUGAAGAAUCUGAUGACGAUGGAGGCAGUGAUAGCUCCAAUCAUUACGAUGAAGACGAUGAUAUUAAUCAUGACAACGGAGAUAAUAAUACUAAUCAUGGUGAUGAAGACUGUGAUAAUGGUGAUGAUGGGGAUAAUGGGGACAAUUGUGCUGCUGACAUAUGA